UAUAAGGUGUCUGGACGUGGCGGUCUAUUUCUCCAUGGAGGAGUGGGAGUAUGUAGAAGGACACAAGGAUCAGUACAAGGAUCAGGUCAUGAUGGAGGAUCAGCAGCCCCUCACAUCACCAGUCAGAUCCAGUAAGAGAACAGCACCAGAGAGGUGUCCCCGUCCUCUUCUUCCACAGGAUGAUCAGGGAGAAGAUCGGAACAAUAUUAAUGCUCCAGAGACAGAUGUGAACAGUGAUGAGCAGUAUAAGGAGGACAUUCCUACAGGAAAAGAUCUGAUCUAUAUUAAUUGUUCGGACAUAAGGAAAGAAGAAGAGACAGAUGUGAGCAGUGAUGAGCAGUAUAAGGAGGACAUUCCUACAGGUAACCUUCCAGUUGUCUCAGAUUUUCAUUUAUCUCAAGAAGUUGUCCUUCCGUCCUUCUGUGCGAAUCCAUCCUCAGAAGGUGAAAAUGUGUUCCACAUGCUUGAUGUCCGCAGAUGUGUUAUAGAGUAUUUAGAAAGGACCAAAAUUUUAGGAAAUCAGAUAAAUUGUUUGUUCAGUUUGCAGGACCCAAUAGGGGAAAUAGUGUCAGAGCAGAUACUAUUGCUAGAUGGGUUGGGCAGGCCAUUGUUGCGGCUUAUUCCUCUGCGGGUCUGUCUCCACCAACCUACCUGAGAGACCACUCUACUAGGGCAGUCGCCUCUACAUGGGCAGGGAAAAGAGGUGCUUCUAUUGCUCACAUCUGUACU